GAAAAACAACAGGAAGCAGCUCACAGACUCCGUAGACAACAGAGGGAACCUUACCAGAGACGCCCUGAACAGAGAGAGUCAGGCUCAAAGCAAGUGGAAGUAGGCAGAGAUUCCACAAGGACUUGUGCAAGGCACAGAGCCGGCCAGAUUUGAGAAGGAGGCAAAAAGAUGCUGGGGAGCAGAGCUGUAAUGCUGCUGUUGCUACUGCCCUGGAUGGCUCAGGGCAGGGCUGUGCCUGGGGGCAGCAGCCCUGCCUGGGCUCAAUGCCAGCAGCUCUCACAGAAGCUCUGCAUGCUGGCCUGGAGUGCACAUCCACUAGUGGGACACAUGCAUCUAAGAGAAGAGGGAGAUGAAGAGACUACAAACCAUGCUCCCCAUAUCCAGUGUGGAGAUGGCUGUGACCCCCAAGGACUCAGGGACAACAGUCAGUUCUGCUUGCAAAGGAUCCACCAGGGUCUGAUUUUUUAUGAGAAGCUGCUAGGAUCGGAUAUUUUCACAGGGGAGCCUUCUCUGCUCCCUGAUAGCCCCGUGGGCCAGCUUCAUGCCUCCCUACUUGGCCUCAGCCAACUCCUGCAGCCUGAGGGUCACCACUCGGAGACUCAGCAGAUUCCAAGCCCCAGUCCCAGCCAGCCAUGGCAGCGCCUCCUUCUCCGAUUCAAAAUCCUUCGCAGCCUCCAGGCCUUUGUGGCUGUAGCUGCCCGGGUUUUUGCCCAUGGAGCGGCAACCCUGAGUCCCUAAAGCCAACAGCUCAAGGAUGGCACUCAGAUCUCCAUGGCCCAGUAAGGCCAAGAUAAAUCUACUACCCCAGGCACCUGUGAGCCAACCGGUUAAUUAGUCCAUUAAUUUUAAUGGGACCUGCGUAUGUUGAAAAUUAGCAAUACUGACUGACUUUGUGAUGCUGACCUAUGAUAGGGCUGAGUAUUUAUUAGAUGGGAAGGGAAAUUCGGGCAUUAUUUAUCCUCCUGGGGGCAGUUUGGGGAGUAUUAUUUAUUAUAUUUAUAUUAAAUAAUGUACCUUUUUCAAUAAAGACUUAUUUUUGUGGCUA